AGUUUAUAAGUUCUUUGAUGACAGUCAGCUGGUUGUGUGUGUAUGACACAAGUCUACACAACUGUAGAGGCCGUGCAGUCAGCUGUUCCACAAGCUGUGAGACACAGCAGUGGCGAUGGAUUGCCUUACUUUUCUUCUGCUGAGCCUGGCUAUCUCCUCUGCAUCAUUACCAUCUCCACCGACAGUAGUAGAUGUUGAUGAUGACAGGAAGGACAUCUCUGAAAUAAACGCAGGUUUAAACCGUACGGAAGGAGAUGUCAUGCAGCACAAUUCUGGACAAAGGAGUGUGACUCUGGGGAACGAGUACCGGUGGGACAGAUACAUCCCUUACGUGCUGAACAAAAGCCUGAGCCUGAACGACAAAGGAGUCAUUUUAAGAGCCUUCGAGCAGCUGAGACUGAAAGCGUGUAUUGACUUUAAACCCCGGACAACAGAGAAAGACUACAUCUCUGUGGAAUCGCUAGACGGGUGUUGGUCCUAUGUUGGGAAGAUAGGUGGGCAGCAGCAGAUGUCCAUUGGACCUGGGUGUGGACACAUCAGCACUGUGGAGCGCGGGUUUCUUCAUACUCUGGGCUUCUUUCACGAACAGAGCCGAUAUGAUCGGGACAACUACGUAACCAUCAUUUAUGGAAACAUCAUUGCAGGAAUGGAGCAUAACUUUGAUAAGGUGCCUGAGAAUGAAAGCACCAUACAGGGAACUCCAUAUGAUUACAUGUCUUUGAUGCACUACGGACAAGAUGCUUUCACCAAUGGGAAGGGACACACCAUCAUCACCAAAGACCCUUGGUUCCAAGAUGUUAUUGGUCAGAACUAUGACCUGAGCCCUACAGAUGCAUUGGAGCUCAACAAGCUCUAUGAAUGCAGUUCGUCCAUCUCCUUUCUGGAUCGCUGUAGCUUUAAUAACAGCACGUGUCAGAUGGCUACCUGUUCUUCCUCUGCUAAUGGAUGGAAGAUGGUGAGCAAUGCAUCUGGAGGACCACUUAGUGACCAUUCCAACCUAGGUGUUUCUGCCAUGUCUGUGAAGAACACUUCAUCAGGGCCGUCUUUCUUCAUGCACUUUAGCACGAAGGCUGGACAGGAAAGAGACUCGGCUCGACUGGCGAGUAAGGAGAUGACCCCCCACAGAGACUGCCACGUCCAGUGUCUGCAGUUCUUCUACUAUCACAGCGGGAAUGAGACUGACCAGCUCAACGUCUGGAUCAGAGAGUACCAGAAUGAUACUGACACCAUAGGAACCCUCAGACUUAUGGACCAGAUCACAGGACCUCCCACUAAUCGCUGGCAGCUCCGUCAUGUGCCUCUGAAUACCGAUAAGCCGUUCCUAGUUGAGUUUGAAGGACGGAAAGGAGCCGGAUAUUCCGGAGGAGGCUUCUCAGUGGACGAUAUCAACCUGUCAGAAUCAGAGUGUCCUCAUAAUGUAUGGCAGAUCAAGAACUUCAUGGAGCUUUGGAACAAAUCUGCACCUGGCACUUUCAUAUUCAGCCCAGCCUACUACUCACCUGACGGCUAUCGCUACCAGGUACUUCUGAGACUGAAUGAGGACUUCCUGUCCAUCUUCGUGCGACUGGUAUCUGGUGUCUAUGAUGACCAGCUACAGUGGCCCUGCCCAUGGAGACAAGUGACUUUCUUGCUGCUGGAUCAGAACCCCGACAUCCAACAGCGCAUGUCGAAUCAAGCAAGCCUCACAACUGACCCAACUAUGAUAUACGGAGGAAAGUCCUUUUGGGGAAAGCCUAGUGAUGUGGGAUUUCUAGCAGCUGUCAAUGAUAACGAGUUGGUAAAUGUGACUAUUGGAUAUGGCUAUUACAUAUUUUUGGAAAAAGCCCGCCUCAGUGACAGGGAGUUUGUCAAAGGCGGUGAUCUCAUCCUUCUCAUCAGCAUGCAAGAUGUCUCAGCGCUGAAGGAGAGUAACUCUUUGCCCUGCCCCAGAGUACCAGUGAAGAACUUCAAUACCUCUCUUUAUUUGGGUGCUCAAAAAGGAUCCUGCACAGCACGAGCUGUUACUGUGUCUCCAGCAACUACAACCACAACCACAGCCACAGCCAGUCAGUGCCGGGGCAUCUUUUGUUCUGGGGCUAAUAUCGUGCAUCCUUCUGUCGCCCUCCUGCUGGCUUUGGUCCUGCUGGUAAUAAACUAACAGCCCAAUCAGCACAACGCCAUGGUGCCGCUAAUCUGUUUCGCAAUCCUUUGGCCAUUAUCUACCAAUCAUCUAAUCAAUCAUGUGGUUAUAAUUGUUUUGUGUGAUUCUAAAUCUAUUAGUAAUGCAUGAAAUUAACCUUAUCGAGAAUCUUCUCUCAUUUACCAAUCAGCUGUGAAUGGAUCCUUGUUGAUUUUACUGUAUAUUUUAAAAACACUUUAUUGUUAAUGAUUAUAAUGGAUGUGAAUCAACUGAUAUUCUUAAACAAAAUGUCCAGAACAUUUAAAUCACUGUACCACAUCCACUCUCAACCUAAUUACUAUUACCUAAUUGGUGAACUACUUUGCAGAGAGCCUUAAGCCUUCACUAUAUACACAGACCAGGCAUAACAUUAUGACCACCUCCUUGUUUCUACACUCGUUGUCCAUUUUAUCAGCUCCACUUACUUUAUA